UGUUGUGAUCAAGGCAUCAGUGACCAGCAAACCUCACAGCACCAUGUGUUAAGAGAAGGCGGUUCUGCUGUUCACUUGUGGCCUAAAUACCACAGGAUAGGAGAGAACAGCACAAGAAAGGCAGGACAGAACUACGUAUUCUUUCCUGAAGUCGUUAUGACCAGUAAGAAACCUCAAACAAAAAUUUCAUCAUGGGUGGUGUCCAGCUUCUCAGAUUUUGGUCUGAGCUCCUCCCCUCCUGCUGACAAAAAGAUUGCUAAGCGUUCCCGAGACCCGGGUGGCCGAGGUGAAGGCAGACAGAAGCGUCACCAGGCACCACAGCAGCUCCAGGACAGGUCAGCACUGUGGGUGGACCUGUAUGCUCCCUCCACACAAGAGGAUCUUGCUGUCCACAAGAGAAAAGUGCAGGAAGUGGAAUCAUGGCUGGUGGAGAAUUCGUCUGGAAUGAAGGGGAGGAAGCUGCUGCUGCUGACCGGGCCUUCAGGAUGUGGGAAAUCUGCCACUGUGAGGGUCCUUGCCCGGGAAGCAGGACUCAAUCUGGUGGAGUGGACCAACCCCACCACAACACCAUAUAACAAUAAUUUUAUGGAGCAAGAAAGUGUGUGGAGGCCUGGUGACACAGUGGUUCCAGUCAGCCAGACCACACAGUUCUGGGAGUUCUUAAUGCGGUGUAGCAAGUACAACAGUGUGUGCAUGACAGACAAAGGAGGCAACCUGGUGUGUGUGGAGGAUUUUCCCAAUGCUAUUCUCAGAGACCCGGCAUCUUUCCAUACCAUGCUUAGGAAAUACAGCCAGUGGAGCAACAGUAGCCCAGUAGUGUUCAUCGUGACAGACUCCACCAACCAGUACGGCAAUGUGAAGCGGCUCUUCCCUCCCGACCUGGUGCAGGAACUCUCAAUCGUCAGCAUCGGGUUCAAUCCCAUUGCGAGUGGGCUGUUAGUAAAGGCUCUGGGUCGCAUCCUGAGCAUAGAGAAUGUCAGUGAGGGUGGGCUGAGGCUUCCGCUGCCCACCAAGGAGGUGCUCCAAAGUCUGGCAGAAGCCUCGGGGGGAGACAUUCGCAGUGCCAUCAAUGCUCUUCAGUUUGCCACCAAAAAAGAUGUGGGUAACAUUGAGGAAUUAUUUACUGGAUCAUCAAAGAAGGACAAGCUUGGCAGUAGAGGGAAGGGCAGCACCAAGUCAAAGCCUGCUGUGAGCAGCAAGGAGGCUCAUGUGGCUGUGGGAGGAAAGGAUGCAUCACUCUUCCUCUUCAGGGCACUGGGAAAAGUUCUCUAUUGCAAGAGAAACUCAGAUAAAGGGAUCAUUGAAACUCUACCCAAACACUUGAAGAAAAAUGAGAGGCUGUCCUUGCAAGAGAUUCCAGAAAGCAUCUAUGAGAAGACGUCCAUGGGAGCUUCUAGUUUCAGUCUUUUUCUUCACCAAAAUUAUUUGAACUUUUUCUCAGACAUUGAGAGUGUAGCAAAGGCAGCUCAUUAUCUCUCAGAUUCUGAUGUGUUAACUUCUGAAUGGAUGGAACGAGAUGUGCUGGAGGGAUAUUCAGCAUCAGUGACAGCAAGAGGCUUGAUGCACCCCAAUAAAGAUGGCACCUCUGGGGGCUCAUGGCGGCCCAUCACCCGGCCACAAUGGUAUACUGUCACAAAGAAAAUGCAAGAGCACUCCUUGGCAAUCAAGGAGGAACACUGCAAACACUCACUUACAACAGAGGAACUCAUGACUGUCUUGGUUCCACUCAAAUGCAGAAUUUUACCAGGAUCAUCACAUAUCACUCGAGAGGUGGGUCUGUUGUCAAACACUCAGAGGAUCAUUUAUACAGAACGCUUAGGAGAGAAGGAUGUUAGCAGCAUCAACAUUGAGGCAGAGGAAGUAGAGGGAGCUGCCUUUUCUGUGCUACCUGGGCUACCAACAGUUUCCAGCAGCAGUCAAGUCGAGGAAGAGUCAGAGGAGGAAUUGAUAAUUGAGGACCCAGAUGAUGACUGACUUGACAGUCCAAGCAGUUUUCAUUUAGUAGCCAUGUGUUUCCAUUGCACAAGAACAAAAGUGAAUUUUGAAAAAUAUGUUUUUAUAUGUAAUAUGAAGUUCCUAUUCUUUAUAAUAAUAAGAAAUAAUUAACUUGCCUUUUGCAGUGAUUUUGGAUACAAAAUGACAUUGCACCUGAUUUUCAUGAGCUCAGUACAAGACUGAGAAGUCUGUGGCACAAAAGUGCACGUUUGUGCCCAAUUCAUUAGUUUACAAGGCUGUCGAAGAGCCUUAUAAAAACUGACUGUUACUGGAACAAUAAUACUGAUGACUGAAUCUGUAUCAGCAGAACUUGGAAAGACACAAGAUAUAAAAACUGACAUACUUUGUGCCCUAAGAUUAGUGUGCCUUUAUUUGGGAAUGUCCAAAAAAACUUUCCUUGAACCAAAUGCCUCUGUGUCAGAGGUGCUCAAGGCCAGCUGUGGCUCCAUAUUUAUUUAUAUAUGAACAGUGAUAUUUGUAGACAUGUAUGUAAAGUGAUUAAAACAUUUUCACAAAAUUUU